GAUGAGACGAUGGUUAAUUGAGUCUCCCACCAGAUGUAUGCUGGCUCCCAUGACAAAAGUGAUGAUGCUGAGGUAAACAGCUGAGCGAGGCAGGGCUGUGGGACUCCUCUCGAUCAGCUAAAGCAGGCAUGCUGCAUGGAGGGCUGAGGACUGCAGAUGUGGCCAGGGCAAUAAAUUGCAAUGUCCGUACUGCGAGACGCCUAAGACAGUGCUACAGGGAGACAGGAAGGAGAGCUGAUCGUCCUUGCAGUGGCAGACCAAGUGUAACAACACCUGCACAGGAUCAGUACAUCCGAAUAUCACACCUGCAGGACAGGUACAGGAUGGCAACAACAACUGCCCGAGUUACACCAGGAAUGCAUAAUCCCUCCAUCAGUGCUCGGAUUGUCUGCAGCAGACUGAGAGAGGCUGGACUGAGGGCUUGUGGGCCUGUUGUAAGGCAGGUCCUUACCAGACAACAACAACAGCAACAACGUCGCCUAUGGGCACAAACCCACCUUCGCUGGACCAGACAGGACAGCUCUUCACUGAUGAGGUGCGGUUUUGUCUCACCAGGGGUGAUGGUCAGACUCGUGUUUAUCAUUGAAGGAAUGAGCGUUACACUGAGGCCUGCACUCUGGAGUGGGAUCGAUUUGGAGGUGGAGGGUCCGUCAUGGUCUGGGGCGGUGUGUCACAGCAUCAUCGGACUGAGCUUGUUGUCAUUACAGUGUUCUGCCAUGGCCAGCGAAGAUCCAGGAUCUCAAUCCCACUGAGCACGUCUGGGACCUGUUGGAUCGGAGGGUGAGGGCUAGGGCCAUUCCCCCCAGAAAUGUUCGGGAAAUUGCAAGUGCCUUGGUGGAAGAGUGGGGUAACAUCUCACAGCAAGAACUGGCAAAUCUGGUGCAGUCCAUGAGGAGGAGAUGCACUGCAGUACUUAAUGCAGCUGGUGACCACACCAGAUACUGACUGUUACUUUUGAUUUUGACCCCCCACCCCCUGUUCAGGGACACAUUAUUCCAUUUCUGUUUGUCACAUGUCUGUGAAACUUGUUCAGUUUAUGUCUUAGUUGUUGAACCUUUUUAUGUUCAUACUAAUAUUUACACAUUAAGUUUGCUGAAAAUAAAAGCAGUUGAAGUUGAAAGGACGUUUCAUUUUUGCAGAGUUUAUAUAAGGUUUAUAAGUAUUCAUUCUUUCUCUUUUUUUUUUCU